AGAAACUACAAGAAAGUGGAAGAGCUUUAACGCACGAGCGCAGUGCAGAAAACCAACUCCACACGUGUUGAAGGUGAUGUGUCUGAGAGAUGAAGUCCUGCAGGGUUCCUCACCUCCUCCUGCUUUUCCUCAUCCUCACCUUCAUCACAGUUCCUGUAUCAGUUCUCCCUACUGUGAAGGUGAAGAUUAAUCAGGCUGCUACUUUACAGUGUGAACAGAGAUGUUCUGGUGAGGCCACAUGGUCUCUGUCCAAUAACCAAAGUAAUGUAUUGGCUCAGUGUGAUCAGACAUCCUGCUGGUCAGCAGAGGGAUUUAAAGUAUCGCAUGAUCAGUAUCUGAAGGGAGAUCUCACCCUCACCAUCACUGCAGCUGAUUACAGUAAGAGGAACAUGUACACGUGUCAUUGUGAUGGAUCAUACAUUAAUGAUGUGCGUCUCAUCAUUGAGACAUUCAUAUCACCAGUUGAGAUGAAGCCUGGUGAAGAUCUGCAGCUGGAUUUGCACGUAUCAGACCAGGUGGAGGUCAUCUAUAAGGGUGAAAACUCAGCACAUUCACAUGUACAGAUCUGCAGAGUGGAUGGAGGUUCACUACACUGUACAGAUGAAUACACACCGAGAACAUCACUCACUAACACACUCCUUACACUGAGAGGAGUAAAGUCCACUGAUGAGGGAGUUUACACCGUCAGAGACACGGAGAUUAACGAGAACCUUCAUAUUUACUCAGUUUCAGUGGAAGAGCUGGAAGGUCUACCAAAGUGGGCGAUUAUCCUGAUAGUGCUCCCGUUCGUUGUUCUGGUGCUGCUGGUGGUGUUCCUUAUAAUGUUUAAGCAUAUCUGGCCCAUUUUUACCCGGGUUUUACAAAGGAUAUGUGUAAGUAUCAGAGACAUGCAUCAGUGUGACAUCAGAGAUCACAUGACUGUGUGCUGUAACCAGAAUAAGAUCCACAUCACCCUGAUUAGACACCACUCAGUCACUGCAUGGACACUUCCACAGAAGAAAUAUAAUCAUCACCUAUAAAUGACACUUUUACUGUCAGAAUCGUUCCACAUUUUAUUCAGUAAUCUCACAUCAUCACUGAGAGAGAACACUUCACUGUUUAAACAUCAGAUUAUUGAGAGUUUUAAACAUUUAUCUGAACACUCAGCAUUACAUUUGAUGCUCUGACUCUGUAACAGUGAAUUCCUCCAGUCUCAGAGUGUGAUGGAAAUCCUGGACAGUUUCAUUAAAUCCAGACUUUAAACUGAUUUUUAUUCACCAGACUCACAGCAGAUGGGAGGAAUUUACUGAGAGUGGUGUUUUUGGUGAAUAGUAUUUAAUAAUUAUUAACAGUAUUUAAUGACUGUGUGUCUGUUAACAGAACGGUGUCCCACCAAAUGAUGCAGAACCCACCAAUGGAAUGUUGUGAAAGUUGGCUCCAUUUGACUAUAUACAGUCUUGGGGCUGGGCAAUCCCCUUUAUGUAUUGUUAUGUAUUGGUAAUUACAGGCUGAAGACAGCUGAAAAGUGAUUUUACAAGUGAACAGAUCUGUUAAUAGGCUACAGAAUGACUCAUUAUCCAUUAAUAUCAGAGGAGAGAUUAUAAUUCUGUCCCAUUCAGCCCACACCACUGGCCUGCUUAAAGGACGAGGGUGUCGACUGAAUGCGACAGGAGGGAGACCGCCUCAGGUGUCAGCAUGCAGAUAUAUUUCUAUUUCUUUUUAUAUUUUUCAUACAAUAUCCUGUUUUUCCUGCAUACACACACUUUCUCUAUAUAAUCCAGACAGAGUUGUAUAAAUAGAGGGCCAAGAUUCUGUAGAUUUAUUUUUUAUAACAUCAAAGAAGCAUAUAAACUGUGAUAUGUCUUUGUUAUUGAAUUAUUUCUUACAGAACACACACCUCACUGUUGUUUUAGGAAGAUUAACAUUCAUUAUGAGGCUCAACACCUUUUAGUUCAUCAGGUCAGUUCUGGAGAGAGAAAUGGUGGAAUAAUAUAAAUAUGUCAAUAUCUUUAUUGUGGUGUCUUGAGUAAAGAUGUCCUCUGAAAGUGACAUCAGAAAAUGAUAUCAUUGUCAGUGUUUUCUAAAUGAACCUGUAUGUUUAUUCAUGUGCACUCACAGCUCUCUCACUAACACAGCUUAGCCCUCCAUCUCUGUUUUACUGCAGGAUUCGGAGCAAGCUUUGAUAAUGAAAGAAAGUUUAACAUUAGAAAUAAAAUGUGUGAACAUUCUAGUGUUCAGCCUCAGCUACAAAGACAUGAAUUUUAAGUAUAAUAUUGAGGCUGAAAUGAAAUGUGGGAGUGUGUGUACAGCAUUGUGUAUAAGUGAUAUUUGGUGUAGGAUUGUAUUAUGUAUUAUGUUAGUGGUUCAUUAUUUGUUACACUCACUUUGUACAGCUCUCUGGGCAAACCUCAGUUCUUUUGAAAUGUACUU